CCAGGGUCGCCCGCGCUGACUCGAGCCGCCCACUUUGGCCGAGGUCGCCGACCCCAGCCUACCGGGGUUACCGCCCCCCUGCUGACCGUGGACACCACCUCCGCCCGCGCUGAUCCCGGACGUCACCAGCCGCGAAGGGCACAAACGGAAUCAGAAAAAUUGCACUGAAGGAGAGGAAGCUGAGAGACCUGAGUGCCAGGUUCUGCUGGAAAUCUGUGAAGAAAUGAGAGCCAAUGGAAGGUUUGGAGGAACAUCACAGAACACCAGCUGUGUUGAGACAGAUGUGCAGCCACUCCAGCAGCCUGUCCUGUGCCCUCCCCAGAGCCGCUGCUCUACACCCAGGAGGUCUCUGAAUGAAAAAUACAUGAAUCCAGACAAGACAAAAACUGCAGCCAGUGUGCUGGGUGGUGGUCCCACUUACGAGCUGAUCAGGGGCAAGACAUGAUGAAACAGAUGUACCUGGAGGAACACAGGGGCAGCAUCAGAUCCUGGAUCAGCAGGAGCCAAUCACAGGGAAUCUGCUGGCUGUGAAGAGGAGGGAGCAAAUUCAUGUAAUGCAAAUUUGAAGAAGAGAGAAAAGAUGAAAAUGAUGAUGGAGAAGAACAUGGAGGAAUCUCAGAGCCACAUGUGCAGCCUGUUCUAGACACUGUAGGUGCUCUGGGCACCAUCUCUGCACUUUUGUUCUUCCUGUUCUCUCUAUAUUUAGAAGUGUUUCCUGAGCUUACAAUCAGCAGAAGAAACCCAAGAGAAAAGACUGGCAGAUCAGCAAGAAUUUUAAAACCUCUCCAUGAAAAAGGAAAAGUCCACACUAACCGAGACAGUGUGGUACUGAGGACAGUCCUGUGGAUCAACUGAACAGAGUCCAGAAGUAAAUGGUGGCAUUCACAGUCAAAUGAUUCUUGACAGGAAGGCCACACAGUUUAAUGGGGGAAGAACAGUCUUUCCAACAAAUGUUGGGACAACUGGAUAAUCUCCUGCAAUUAGAAUUAAGCAGGACCCCUACCUCAUACUUAUACAGAAGUUAACUCAAAAUGUAUCAAAUUUAAAUGUAAGAGCUAAAACUUUUGGAAGAAAGUAGGGAUAAAUCAUCAUGACCUUGGAUUAAGCAACAGUUUCCAAAAGCAAGAAAGAAAAAAAAUAGACCGGAGUCCCUCAGAGUUAAAAACCCCUGUGCUUCAAAAGAUACCAUCCAGAAAGUAAAAAGAAAUACUUACAAAAUAUAUCUGAUAAGGGACUUUCAUCUAGAAUAUAAAAGGAACUCUUAUAACUUAAUAAUAAAAAGAACAAUAACUAAAAAGAUAGAGGAUCUGAAUGAAUAAAAAUUUCUCCAAAGGAGAUACACAAAGGCCAAAAAGCAAUGAAGAUUUAAGUGAGGAUGCAAAUCACCUUUUAGCAAUGUAAAACAAAUCAUAAAAUAAAAAAUUAUUCUGGAUCUGGGGCCACAAGUGAAAAUCGUGUUCCUACCAAUUUCCUGGAAUCAUGGACUACAAAUAGGAGUGUGCCUAAGCAAAGAUGCCUCUCUUUCACUCUUCAAAUACUGACUUAGUACCUACUAUAUGUGGGAAGCUGGCUCCUGUUGAGAUAAAAUUGAAAAUAAAAUCUUCUCCCCUAAUCUCUAUAAAAGUAGUGAAGAAAACACUUGUAUUAUUGAAUACGCCUUAAACCAGAACGUAACAUGCAUCACAGGCAUUGACAAAGAAAGAAAUCUCAGCCUUUUCAUGUUAGCUAACUAGGUACAAUCUGUCUCAAUGUACAGUAAUAACUAGUGCUCCAGUAAAAGGCUAGCCACUACUACUGAUCGCACAUAGUUCAUGCUCUCUGCCUGGUGAGUGGGAUGACUAUCUAGGUCAUCUACUUGGUUUAUCCAGAGUAAAAACACACUUCUCAUACCUUUAUGACAGGAGUUAGUUGUGCAACUUUGGAACAAGGCGCCCAUUAAAGUUAGUCUCUUAGGAAACUGGGAGAUUGGGCGCUUUCUCUCCAGAUGCUUACACUGCGAACAGAUGGCUCCCGGAGCCCUUGAACACAGCUGUUCUAGGUUCUGGAUCAUAAAGCUGACUCAGGGCCUAGCUAGUCUUCAGAAGGAAUUAGGUACAUCUCAAAGAGAGAAUACUUACAAUGAUCACUUUUCCUAAACUACAUGCUCAAAAAGGGGAGGAGAAUAUUUUCAACAGAAAGUUAAGCGUCUUAUUUUUAAUCUGCGUUUUAUAGUCCUACAAAUUACCGACACACCCUGAGGGUAAGUCGCCGCCCAGUGCAACCUGGCCACAGCGAGCAACAGGAUCUCACAAAUCUUUAGCCACUGGCUCGCAGCCGGAAGUCAGGCCGGAUUAACCGAGAACCGGAAGUUUAAUUUAAGGCGAGUCUUCCAGAGCGGGAUUUUGAUUAAGAGUGCACAAGGAUGCAUGGAAGCAGCAAGGUUUGGGGCUGAAGGAUUCAAAGACGGAGCAUGGAUUCUUUCCACCGAAGGGCGGUUGGGUCUUUGGGAAGCUCCACAAUGACCACUCAAACCACGUGCGUGGCUGCAGACUCCAGGGACCCUACACGGUGCGCUGAAGCAAGGUGAGAGGUGGGGUCUUGUGGCUCUUGGGCCGGGGCCAACUCUGGCGGCGACCCUGCGGGAAGAAUGCCCGCCGAGCACCCCGCCCCUAGCCAACCCCGUCCUGCAGCACGUGGGAGUGCUUUGUCCGCCACCGGCCAGUCUCAGGACCCACGCGGAACGCCAGCUCCUUCCCGAUGCCGGCCGUCAUCGUAGAUCCUCCCCUUCUUCGAUUGGCGGACAACGUACCGGACUACGUGUAGCACCCAGACUACAAGUGCCACGGGCAGGCAACCGAAGACAGGCCCGAAAGUGAACACGCACCCCUCCCCCACUCACAUGACCUUCUGGGGCUGGCCCGGCUCCGCCCCCGCCGCGCCAAGAACAGCCACAGAACCGCCUUCGUUGUCUUCUGCGCAGGCGCAAACCUGACUCGCGGCUGGUGACGCAAUCCAGCGUGGACUUGGGCUCCAAGCAUCUGUCGAAUCACAGAACUCUGCCCAAACGGCCUCCGCAGUCGGACGUGCGCGCGCAGCCCCCACCACUAGACACGGGAGGGGGCGGGGCCGUCUGGGGCGGGGCGGGCCCGCGGCGGCCAAUCGGCGGCGCCCGCGCUGUUGUCUCGCCCCGCCCAGCCAGCCGUCGGUCCCCGGGGGCCUGGUCCGGUGGACGCGCGGUAGCGGCGGCGGCGGCGGCAACGCCGGCUGGGAGAGCUGUUAUACGAAAGAAGAAACAUGGAAAGUGGCGCAGUUCUGCUGGAAUCCAAAUCCUCACCAUUCAACCUUCUGCAUGAAAUGCAUCAGCUACGCCUUCUUGGUCACCUGUGUGAUGUGACUGUCAGCGUGGAGUACCAGGGCGUCCGUGAAGAGUUCAUGGCUCAUAAGGCGGUGUUGGCAGCCACCAGCAAAUUCUUUAAGGAGAUGUUCCUUAAUGAGAAGACUGUGGAUGGUACAAGGACUAACGUCUAUCUAAAUGAAGUACAAGUUGUUGACUUUGCCUCAUUUCUCGAGUUUGUGUACACUGCAAAGGUACAGGUAGAAGAAGAUCGGGUGCAGCGAAUGCUGGAAAUGGCUGAGAAACUAAAAUGUCUGGACUUAUCAGAGACUUGUUUUCAGUUGAAGAAACAGAUGUUAGAAUCUGUACUUCUGGAGUUGCAGAACUUCUCUGAGUCUCAGGAGGCAGAAGGGAGCAGUGGCUCCCAAGCUGCUGUUGCUCCUGACCCCAGGGCAAGUUCCCCUGGGGACAGUCCUCUCACUAAUGGCCUUGGGGAUUCCUCAGAUCCCCUAGUAGAGACAAUCAGCAAUGGCGUGUUGCCAGAUAUGCCCCUGAAGAAGUCCAAGGAGAAACCUGACAAGAAAAAAGAUGCAAUCAAGCCUCCCUACCCCAAAAUCAGAAGGGCCAGUGGAAGGCUGGCUGGAAGAAAGGUGUUUGUGGAAAUCCCUAAAAAGAAAUACACAAGAAGGCUUCGAGAGCAGCAGAAAAGUGCCGAGGACGACAUGGGGGACUGCCGAAGCCCAGAGGACCCCAACCCAGAGGCCAUGGGAGCAGAGGUGGAGCCCGUCACAAAGCGUGAGGAGGGCGGAGUGGUAGUGGAGGCGGCCCAGGAGCUGCCAAAAGCAGGCAGCAGCGAGGACGCAGGCCACGUGGAGGAGGAUGAUGACGAGGAGGAGGAGGGUGAGAAGAGGAAGAGCAACUUCAAGUGCACUAUCUGUGAAAAAGCCUUUCUGUAUGAGAAGAGCUUCCUGAAACAUAUCCGGCACCACCACGGGGUGGCCACUGAGGUGGUUCAUCGCUGCGACACCUGCGGCCAGACCUUUGCCAACCGCUGCAACCUCAAGAGCCACCAGCGCCAUGUGCACAGCAGCGAGCGCCACUUCCCAUGCGAGCUGUGCGGCAAGAAGUUCAAGCGGAAGAAGGACGUCAAGCGUCACGUGGUGCAGGUGCACGAGGGUGGUGGCGAGCGCCACCAGUGCCAGCAGUGCGGCAAGGGCCUGAGCUCCAAGACGGCGCUGCGGCUGCAUGAGCGGACGCACACGGGCCACAAGCCCUAUGGCUGCACCGAGUGCGAGGCCAAGUUCUCGCAGCCCUCGGCGCUGAAGACCCACAUGAGAAUUCAUACAGGGGAAAAACCUUUUGUCUGUGAUGAAUGUGGUGCAAGAUUCACUCAGAACCACAUGCUGAUUUAUCAUAAAAGGUGUCACACAGGUGAAAGACCUUUCAUGUGUGAAACAUGUGGCAAGAGUUUUGCUUCUAAGGAGUAUUUAAAACAUCACAAUAGAAUCCAUACUGGAUCCAAACCCUUUAAAUGUGAAGUUUGUUUCAGGACUUUUGCCCAGCGGAAUUCACUCUACCAGCACAUUAAAGUCCAUACAGGGGAACGUCCUUAUUGCUGUGACCAGUGUGGGAAGCAGUUCACCCAGCUCAACGCUCUCCAGCGUCACCAUCGCAUCCACACGGGGGAGAAGCCAUUCAUGUGUAACGCGUGCGGGCGGACAUUCACGGACAAGUCCACCCUCCGGCGGCAUACCUCGAUACAUGAUAAGAAUACUCCAUGGAAGUCUUUCCUUGUUAUUGUAGAUGGCUCUCCCAAGAACGAUGACACGCACAAGACUGAGCAGCCGGAUGAAGAAUAUACGUCAUCCAAACUUUCGGAUAAAUUGCUGUCUUUUGCAGAAAAUGGCCAUUUUCACAACCUCGCCACAGUCCAAGGCAGUGUAUCCACGGUGCAUGAGAACAGUUCUGCAGACCCAGCCUGCAAGUCGGACGAUUGCGUGGUGUCUCAGGAUACACUGCUGGCCACCACCAUCAGUGAGCUCAGUGAGCUGACUCCACAGGCAGACACGAUGCCAACACAGCUUCACUCGCUGACCAACAUGGAAUGAGAGCUUUGGUGCCUGCCAGGCAGAUCCUACGCUGCGUCUCCGCAUGUGUGAUUGCUGUAUGCAGGUUCACGUCAGGGGCUAAGACGAAGAGCUGUCUGCGAGCAGAGUGGGCAAGAAUACCUUCUGCACAUUUUCCUGAAUCUCUGCUAACUUGCACGUCUUUAUCAAAGCAUUUUUAGAGCUUCCCCUUAAAAAAUCCCAGUCUGCAUGAUCUCAGCUAUGCUUGAUCGACAAAGCAGUUAACAUGACCUCACUGGAUCCUGGUGCAGGUCGUAUGCAUAAUGCUUGUCCUGAUGUGUAGGAAGUUUGGACAACUAUGGAACUGUAGAAUACAGAGCCCUGGCCCAGCUCAUGAAGUUAAUGUUAGUGAUCUCCUUGGUCUCUCAGCCUGCCUUACCCCUCUGUGUGGGUUUAGUUCCCUGAUGAUUUUAAGCUAUUUUUCUACCAAGCUGAAAUAAAACUGGGACCAUGUAUUUUCAUGCUCUUUGCUGUUGAACUGAAGGAAGUCGAUUUGCUUGGGGACCCUUGAGUUGGGACUGAAGAAAUGGAUGGUUGCAUUCAUUCUCUUCCACCUCCUGUCUGUAGGCACUAAAAAAGGAAUGACAAAUUGAACACCUGAAAAAUGGCUUUCUGUAAUCUGUACUCACAGCACAUUCACAGCUAGGAAGUUGGCCAUAGAGUAACUGCUGAAAUUAAGUGUGGCUGUUGGGUUUCAUUCCUAAAGUCUGAUUAGGUAAAAGCUGUCCUACCAAAGAUUCUAGCAGCAAAUGGUGUAGUGUUUUUGCAGAAGUGUAAAAAGUGAAGAGGCUUUAGAACACUUGAAACACUGUGGAGUCCUUUUAUUCACAAGUAGCAAUGAGGUGAUCUGGCAAAUUUUAGAGUGUUAGUAUUUUUGGCUAGGUUUUCCUGACUUAACUUUGUGACUUUUAGAAAUGCAGAAUUUCUCUUUUAUGUAUCAAGAGCUUGAAACAGGCGAGUAUUUCCCUCACAUUUCUUUCCUUGGGAACAUGUGAGCACAUAAGCAGAAGGGACCAAAACCCUUGGAACUUGUCUUUGAUUAUGCCUUAAGAGUGGAUUGUGAAGAACCAGGAACUUUGCCUUCAGUGCUCCUGUGGCUGGCUCAUGCUGGCCUUCUGCUUAAAAUGAAUUUGCAGUGAAGUUAAUUCUUUAUUUGCUAAGCCUGAUUCUUGGUUCCAGUGGCUUGGGUGUGUGGCUGCAUGCUAAGUGCUUUGACUCACAUGUAACCCUCAACAUAAUAAUUUAAAGAGAGAACCCGAAGAAUUUUUUUGUUCACUAGUUGUUUUCCUUAUAUUUUAAUUUAUUAAACUUGCUGUGAAAACAUGUUCACUUUCUAAGAGAAAGGUACUUUAUCCUAAGUUCCAGGAUGAAGAUAGAGCUGUACCAUGCCAGAAACUAAUGUGGGAAGACUCCCUAAAUGCUUAUUUUGUUUUAACUUUUAACAUGUUAAGUAAAUACUAAAACCACUCUAAGAUGUUUUAGGUGCUGAUAACAUGUUUCACACUUGCUCUUGAAGAUGGCAGUACUGAAUUUUCAGUGAUGACAGUGUAUCCUGGUUGUGUUUACAGAACAGCAACAGUGAAACUGUCACACAAGCAUUUUACUUUUGGUAAGAAUGAGCCUGCCCAGCUGAUGUACUGUUUCAUGGAAUAAAGUCAUCUUAAUGGAAGGAAUUUAAAUAAUAGAUUAUUUUGUUACCUACUGGAAAAAUUUUUGUCUUGAAUUUGUUUCUUUAGAAUUCUACAAAAAAAUCAUUUAAUGUGUUAAUAAAUGUUUGCUUUCUAAAA